AGAGAGGUUAAAAUGGCAGAAACACAUGAUUUAUUUCCUUAAAGAUGAUUUAUCUGAAAUCAGAAACCCGGCAGUAAAUUAAAGAAAUGGUUGUUUCCCCCAGAACACGUUCAGCUGGUCGUGUUUGGGAGCAGGCUAAGAGCUGGUGUUUGUACUUUUCCUGAGUACCGACAUUUAGUACUACAACUAAAACUCCACUAAAAUCUGCUCUGUCUGUGGCCAUGUGGACUAUCUACAGACUCUUAGUCUUUGCUCUGGCUGCAGCAUCAGUUUUCACUCGUGUCCAUCUCCUGGAGUUCUGUCCCAGCACUGGACCCGACUGUCCCAGCGAUGGCGAGCCAGCAUCAACCAGUCGAUCAUCCCGACACGCUGUCAAAUCCAGGUGGAACGGGACUGGUUCAGAGCUCAUUCAGGACCUGGACCGGUUCAGAGUGUCCUGUAAGAAGCUACUCGAAGCGUUCCCAAUCGAUGAGGUCAGCGGAAACUUUGUUCACACGGUGAAGAACUGCAUAUUUUCCAAAUCCAUCCCGACUCCACUGAAAGGGCCUCUGAGCCUGGCAGCCGUUUCUAAGGAAGUCAUGGAGGGGAUCUUAGAUCUGGAUGUGGCUGUAACACAGUCUGAUGAUUUCCAGCUUUAUGCCAGCGGGGGCCGACUGCUGCCAGGAUCUGAUCCGCUCGCACACAGAUACGGGGGUCACCAGUUUGGUUACUGGGCAGGUCAGCUGGGUGACGGUCGAGCACAUUUCCUUGGUCAGUAUUCCAACAGGAAGGGAGAAAUAUGGGAACUGCAGCUCAAAGGCUCUGGAAAAACUCCAUAUUCAAGGUCCGGAGAUGGUCGAGCUGUGAUCCGCUCGUCCGUCAGGGAGUUCCUGUGCAGCGAGGCGAUGCAUUUCCUGGGUGUUCCCACCAGCAGAGCUGCCAGUCUAAUUGUGAGUGAGGAGCCGGUGUUCAGGGAUAAGUUCUACAAUGGCAACGUGAAGACAGAGAGAGGGGCUGUUGUUCUCCGUUUGGCAAAGUCCUGGUUUCGGAUUGGAUCGUUGGAAAUUUUGUCUCAAAGUGGAGAGACGGAUCUUCUGAGGAAGCUGCUGAACUUUGUGAUUGAUGAACAUUUUCCUUCUAUCAGUUCAAAUGACCCUGAUAAAUAUUUGGUGUUUUAUUCCACGGUUGUAAAUGAAACAGCACAUCUGAUUGGCCAGUGGAUGUCUGUUGGGUUUGCACAUGGUGUGUGCAACACAGACAACUUCAGUCUCCUGUCCAUCACCAUCAACUAUGGACCCUUUGGCUUCAUGGAGUCCUAUAACCCCAAUUUCAUCCCCAACACGUCGGAUGAUGAGGGCAGGUACAGAAUAGGAGCUCAGGCUGAUGUCGGACUGUUCAACCUGGAGAAGCUCCUCAGUGCUCUGAGUCCGGUGCUUACACAUCAACAGCAGGAAGAAGCUAAGAUCAUCUUAAAAGGAUUUGUGAAUAUUUACCAGAUGAGGAUUCACCAGAUAUUUAAAGCCAAACUGGGGCUUCUUAGUGAAGAGGAAGGAGACAGUUACCUUAUUCCCUUCCUGCUUCAGAUGAUGGAGGACACAGAGUCAGACUUCACCAUGACCUUCAGGCAACUCAGUGAAGUGUCCCACCUGCAGCUGCAAAACAGGAACUUCACCCAGAUGUGGGCUCUUGAUGAUUUAUCAAGGCAUCAGCACUUCUCUGAUUGGCUCAACAUGUACCUACUCCGCAUCAGCAGACAACAAAAUGAUGGUGAUGUUAAUCGUCAAAACAGAAUGAAAAAUGUAAAUCCCAGAUACGUGCUGAGGAACUGGAUGGCGGAGUCGGCCAUAAGAAAAGCUGAGAUGAAUGAUUUCUCUGAGGUGGAGCUGCUGCACCACAUCCUGUCCUUUCCCUUUGUUACACAAGAGACUGCAGAGGAGGUGGGCUAUGCAGCAAGACCUCCUUCGUGGGCUCAGAGGUUAAAGGUCAGCUGCUCCUCAUGAGUGGAUACAGCAAAAAUACUCAAAUGAAGACGUCUCAACUUUACCUGCUGUCAUCGUGCGUUAGUGGAACAUAUUUCCUCCAAAACGUCAAGGUCAUGGGUGUUUGUUGUUAUUUUCUGCUAAGAAAAAACCCUGUGCGUGGGCACAGUGACUAACAAAGAUCAGAUUAUUUAGCUGAUGAUAUUGUUUCCAUCCUUUUGGUCCAUUUGACACUGAAAUAAAGACAAAGAUGCUGCUUUGA